AUGAUAGGGAGAUUAUUUAGACAAAAUUCUUCAUCAUCAUUAAAUUUAGAUACUUCUCAGCAACUACCGAUUCAACAACAAUUACAACAAUCAGGUCAAAAUUCCUAUGAAGAUGGUUAUACUCGAGAAAUUUUGUAUGGGGUUAAUGAUAAAAGUAUCUUGAAACCUUUUGAAUUGAAUAAUAAGUUCUUUAGAAUAGUGGUAUCACAAGAUGGUGGUAAUUUGAGAACUAAACAAGUAUUGUUUGAUUCUUCCAUGAAUGAAACCAAAAGUAACAAAAUUAAUAAUAAUACCAAAUCAAACUUAUCCCGAAAUAUAUUGACAUCUAAAAUACAUCAUAAUAUCAAUGAAUUACAUGAUUAUAUGUUCGGAUGUGGAUUACCCACUAUUGAACAUCAAUCAGUUACAAAAAUCCAUAUUCUACCUAUCGUUAAUAAUCAAACUUAUGGAAGUUACAAAUCGAUUUUGAUUACAAGAUUAUUCCUGUUAACUGAUUCACAAGAUUCAAAUGAUCAACCAAUUUCUGAUUGGGUAUUAAAACCCACAUUACCCAUUAACGAAACAAAAAUUAAUACCAAUUCCAAAAACAUUAGUAGUAGAUUUGGAAUAGGUUUAGUCAUUCCUUUACCAGACGACGAGUCGGAUAUUAUUUCUAACAAUUGGAAUGUAAUCUGUCAUUAUUUAAUUGUUUUACAGAAAAUUGUAGGAAAAAAAUUGAUCAAUAUUUUAUCCGAGAAUGUUCAAGAAGGUACAAAUCAAAAUAAUUAUAUUAUUAACAGAAGAAUUCAGUUCCCUUCAUAUACUUUAUCUGGUGACAAUGAUUUAUUCAAUCAAUUAAUAAAAUUGAUUAAAUUAACUAAUUAUAAUUCCAAUAUUCCGAAGUUAAUUAAUAGUAAUUCAUUGAUCAAAACAUCAUCACAAAUUCCUAAAUUUCAUCCGAUAUUAAUUAAUUGGGUAGUGGAAGUAUUAAAUUGGUUAGAAUUCAAAGAAUUAAAUCAAUCAUCCAAAUUCUUAUCCAGUUUAUUUGCAUUAAUAAUUCCUUUAAGAUUUCAAUUAUCCGAAAAUCCUAUACAUUAUGAUUAUGAUUCAACUAGUAAUUCAAAAGAUAUAGUAAGAAUUGUUAUAAUGACGGGUAAUCCAAUGGUAGCUAAAAAGUUAGCAUUUAUAAUUAAUGGAUUAAUACCUGACAGCAAAGUAUUUAAUUUAUUGAGUGAUGAUAAUUUACUGUUAGAUAUGAAUGAACUUGAUAUUGAUACUGACAUUGACGAUGAUGAUGAUAAUCUUCUGACUCAUUCACGGUUAGAUGCCGAAAUCGAUUUGGCUCUCGAUGAUGAAAACAAUGAUGCCAUUUCCGAAGAUUAUAAUUAUAAACCACCAGUUAUCAAUUCUAAACCCAUACCUAUAAAAGGUAGAUCAUCAUUCAGCUCAUUAGAUAAUUCGUUCUCCAAUCCUUCAUUCAAAGGAUGGGAUAUUGGGAAAUCAACUACAUCAACAUCAAUCAAUUCAACUUCAAAGAAUUUACCCAUCACUAAAUCUUCUUUGAGUAAAUCUUCAUCAAUGGCAUAUUUGUCCUCAUCAUUGAAUUCAUCACUUUCAUCAUCAACGUCCAAUUAUUCCUUAACCAAAUUAGGAGGUAGUUUCAUAGAUAAAUGGAAGAAUUCUUUCAAUUCAUCAAUGAAUACUAAUUAUGAUAAUAUUGAUUAUCUCCCACCCAAUAAAUCCAAUAAUGUCAAUAGAAAAUUAUCAGUUCAAACUUUAAGAACACCAUCACCUGCAAUCGAAAUUGAAGAAUUCAAUUUACCUAAAACUCAAUCUAUGGUAGAUUUAAAUAAUAAUUUGAAAAAACUGAUAAAAAUUGAUGAUGAUUUAAUUUCAAGAACAAAGAAUUCUGUUUAUAAAGAUGGAACUUUUAUAAGCAAUGAUAACAAAAUCAAGAAUAAAAUAUCAACUAUAAUGAAUCAAGAGUAUUUCAAUAUUGAAGAUGAUGAAUUAUCAAUCGAUAUUGAACCAAUUAAUCAAUUACCCAAUGAAUUAUGUAAUUAUGAAAAUCUAUUACCUAACGUAGCUUUCACUGAUGAAUUUAGAUCAGAGUUUAUUUUACAAUCAUGUCCUAUAAAUCCAAGGUUAGAACAACAAGUAAUAAAUUCCAUGAAAAAUGAUUUAUUGUUCUAUCAAAAUAAUUGUAAAAUUAAUAACAUUAGUCUGAGAACUAUCUUUAUCAGUUUAAGAGCUAGAGAAAUCAAAUUAAUCGAAAUGAAAUCUGGUGAAACCAUUUCGCCCACUAAUAUAGAUUCUCCGUCACCAAUUCAAUCAUAUUUUAGUGAUUUCAAACGUAAUGGAUCUUAUAAAACUUCUAUCAAGAAAGUUUACACUCCAACUAAAAAUCAUGGUGAUAGAGAAUUGAUUAAUAUAAUCGAUAAAAAUUUAAAUCAAAUGAAUGAUUUAUUUUAUCAAAACUUAAAAGAAACGAAUAAUGAAUAUAAUAAUGAAUUUUAUGAAAAAUUAUCCCGAUUGGUAUUCAAGUUAAUAAAUUAA